AUGCGUUUUUUCUACAAACUUGCAUUGAUGACCACUGUUGCAUCUCUCGCAUGCAGCGAUACUGCUCUCGCCUCGACAGAUCUUAUGCCUUUCAACGUCGCUGAGACUCAGGUUUCGACUCAUGACAUCGUCUCGGCUGGAAGGAGUCUACGGGCGGAGGACACAUCGACAUCUAUCGAUAACUUGAGAGAUCCCACCAUGAAGGAAAAGAUUCAAUUCAAACUCUGGUACACUCGGGGUAAAACUCCUGGACAAGUUCACAGGGAUUUUUUUGAAGGCUUGGAUGAAUCCAUCAUCGUCAAUAAUCCGAACUAUGAAGUCUGGAAGAUGUACGAGGCUUACUACAACAACAAGAAGGGCAACGAUUAG